CCAAAAUGCGUGAAUACAAAAUCGUCGUACUGGGCAGUGGUGGUGUCGGCAAAUCGGCCCUGACAGUGCAGUUUGUUCAGGGCAUAUUUGUGGAAAAGUACGAUCCAACGAUAGAGGACAGCUACCGGAAACAGGUCGAAGUAGAUGGUCAGCAAUGCAUGUUGGAAAUAUUGGACACAGCCGGCACAGAACAAUUCACCGCCAUGCGAGACCUAUACAUGAAGAAUGGCCAGGGGUUCGUGCUUGUAUAUUCUAUCACUGCACAGUCGACCUUCAACGAUCUGCAGGACCUCCGGGAGCAAAUUUUGAGGGUGAAGGAUACCGAUGACGUUCCAAUGGUGCUGGUCGGCAACAAAUGCGAUCUCGAGGACGAACGAGUCGUAGGCAAAGAUCUGGGCAGGAGUCUAGCAGUGCAGUUCAAUUGUGCAUUCAUGGAAACGUCUGCCAAAGCUAAAAUUAAUGUUAACGACAUCUUUUAUGACUUAGUGCAACAAAUCAACAAGAAAUCGCCUGAACGGAAGCCCAAUAAAAAGAAGAAAUCGCUCUGUGUGCUGCUGUAAAAAUCUACUUAGGGACAAAAUGGACAAGUAUGAAACCGCUCACUCACUAAAAAG